UUUAAAAAAUCGUGGGGAAAGACCAUUAUUUAUUGUUUAUGACGAGGGACAUAAUUUAUCCGACCAACAAACUGAUUUAUUAUUGGAAUUGAAGCCGAAAAAUAAAGAUUUUAUAACUCGGGUUGACACUGGAAAAGUGGUAGAAGCCGGUUUAGUGAAGAAAAUAAUAAAACUAGCCGCUUAUGAGACUCCCAUGGAAGAAACAGUUUCUUCAUUAGUGGAAGAUUUAAAACAAAUUAAAGAACAAAUUAAAAUAACUAAUUUACCAAACGAAAAACCCAAGGCUAUUUAUGUUUUAGAAAAAUGUGGUGUUAAGCCGGAAAAUAUUGCCGUUUACUGUGAUUUAAAAUUUGCCAAAAAUUAUCCUAAGCCCCCAGAAUUUAAAUUAUUUAGCGGUGGUGGUGAAAAAAAAUAUCAAGAAUUUAUUGCUGGUGAUUAUCAGCAUAUUAUUUUUAAUUUAGGCUUACAAGAAGGUUGGGAUGACCCAUUAGUUUAUGCGGCCUAUAUUGACCGCUUUAUUAAUUCUAAAAUCGCUGUCAAACAAAUUAUUGGACGAGUUUUGCGACAACCUAAACCCAACAUUACCCACCAGUUACCGGAAAUGCUAAAUACCGCCCAUUUUUAUAUUCAGAUAGAAAAACAAAGUGCUUUUCAAGAAGUAAUUGAGGAAGUUAAUCAAGAAUUACAACAAACUGCUCCGGAAAUUGAGGUAAAAGUGGUAAGUUCGACUGAAAAGCCUGAAUUAGUUAAAGUUCAAGGCGACUAUGAAGAUAAAGAAAAAACCCAAGGCACCGGCUAUCGCUCAAUUACUAAAAAAUAUAUUGACGAACAAGGUAAUACUCAACAAAUUUUAAGAGAAAAAAUUGGGGAAACCAGUCGCACCACUGCUCGUGCCAUUUUUUUUCGAGAAAUUAUUCGCAAACUGCCCCAAGCCCGCGGAGUUUUUUGUUUAGAUGAACCUAAAUUCGAUGCCCUGGUUGAAAAUUCUUGUCUCGAACAAAGUUCCGUGGAAAAUUAUAAAAUUCCUGAUAUUUUGCUUUAUAAUCCGCAAAAGUCAUUACCAUUCAAAAAUAGUCUUCAUGAAAGAUAUUCCCAAUUAAACAAAUUAGAAACUGAGUUCGCCCAAGAGUUAGAUAAGUUUGCUGAUAAUGUUAUUGCUAUUGACACCAGUGGCGAGCAUUUAAUUAAAGAUAAAACCGACCGUAAAUUACUUAAUAUUUUGCCCUCUAAUAAUAAUUCUCCACACACAUUGGUUCGUUUUAUUUCCAAAGGAAAAUGGAAUAAAGAAGUAGAAAAAAUUGAUGAUAAUGAUAUAAUUGUCCGUUUUCAGGCCAGGGAGGGCAAAUAUACUCCUUUUUUACUGGGUUGGGAUGCUCAUGGUUUACCGACAGAGCAUAAAAUGCUCCAAAUCCACAAAGACAAAAAAAACAACUUGCGGCCAUUUUGUCAUCAAUUUGCGUUGGAACAGGCUCAAAUCCAACGCGAACAAUUAAAAAAAUUGGGAUUAUUUACUGAUUAUGAUAAAUACUACAUUACCUCGGACAAAAAUUACGAAGCCGAGCAAUUAAGAGUUUUUGCUGAAUUAGUGAGAAAGAAUUUGGUUUAUCAAGGAUUCAGACCUAUUUAUUGGUCUUGCGGACACGAGACCGCGUUAGCCGAGGCCGAAAUAGAAUAUUACGAAAAAAAGGAUACUUCUCUGUAUUUUAAAAUUAGAUUAGCGGAUAUUUUUUUUGGAAAAGAAAAUGUUAAAAAUCAAAGUAUUAAAAAUACGAGUAUUGCCGAAGGCCAAAAAUGGCACAGGCAAAAGUUAAAAAUAGAAAAAAUAUUUUUGGGCGAAAAAUUGCUAGGAUUAACUUAUUUUCAUCCUUAUCGGAAAGAUGAGCAGUUUACUGCGAGCCUUCUUAAAGAUAUUCAAGGAUAUAUCGUCGAUGGCAGUGAUUUUAUUAAGGAAGGGGAGGGAACAGGUCUCGUUCAUUUAGCCCCUGCUUUUGGAGCUGAAGAUUUUUCAGUAGCGAAAAAAGAAAAAUUAAUGAUUGAAUGCCCGCUGGAACCUAAUGGAGUUUUCAACGAAAAAAUUGCUAUUCCGGAAUUGGUCGGCAAGCACUAUUCAGAA